AUGGUGCGGGUACGUUCUGGACCUACCAACAGCCUGGUGUGGCUUCAGAAAGAGAUCGCUGCGUGCAGUGUGAAGGAUGAAUUGAGGGGACAAAGUGAGAAUCAAGGAGAGCAUUUGUGAAGGCUCUUUUCCAGGCAAGGAUGAUGGUCUGCCUGUGGAAGGGAGAGUGCGGAUGGGGAAAUACAGAUUGGUUUAAGAGUAAAGAUGACGGCGCCUUGAGGUAAGCUACAGGCAACACUGCUUCCGCGUUUCUCUUGCGCCCUGGUCCAAGAUGGCGGAUGAGGCCACGCGACGUGUUGUGUCUGAGAUCCCGGUGCUGAAGACUAACGCCGGACCCCGAGAUCGUGAGUUGUGGGUGCAGCGACUGAAGGAGGAAUAUCAGUCCCUUAUCCGGUAUGUGGAGAACAACAAGAAUGCUGACAACGAUUGGUUCCGACUGGAGUCCAACAAGGAAGGGACUCGGUGGUUUGGAAAAUGCUGGUAUAUCCAUGACCUCCUGAAAUAUGAGUUUGACAUCGAGUUUGACAUUCCUAUCACAUAUCCUACUACUGCCCCAGAAAUUGCAGUUCCUGAGCUGGAUGGAAAGACAGCAAAGAUGUACAGGGGUGGCAAAAUAUGCCUGACGGAUCAUUUCAAACCUUUGUGGGCCAGGAAUGUGCCCAAAUUUGGACUAGCUCAUCUCAUGGCUCUGGGGCUGGGUCCAUGGCUGGCCGUGGAAAUCCCUGAUCUGAUUCAGAAGGGCGUCAUCCAACACAAAGAGAAAUGCAACCAAUGAAGAAUCAAACCACUGAGGCAGGGCAGAGGGACCUUUGAUAAGCUAGGAUACUAUUUUCCUGUGCAUCACACUUAACUCAUCUAACUGCUUCCCCGGACACCCUCCACCUCUAGUUGUUACUAAGUAGCUGCAGCAGGCAUUGCUGGGGGAGAAACAAACAAACACCAAACAGUAUUGCUACUUAGUUUCUAAGGCUGCACAGGGAAGGGAAGGACUGGGCUUUGGACAAUCUAGCGGUAAUUUAUAUCCGCCCCCAGGUGGAGCAACAUGCGAUCCUGGAGGCAUAGGGGGUAACUGAAAGUGAGUACAUACAGUCUUUCUGGUUUCUGGAGAUAACCUAUCAAUAAAAGCUGCUUCCUCUGGUA